AUGGAAAUUAAACAAGAAUUUACACAUAAGAUCCCUAAGUUAGUGGGUCCUCUUACUGAAAUUUAUUUAGACAGAAUAUUAAAUUACUUUUCGACCAGUACAUUAUCGGACUCUAUUAAAAUUAAUACUUUGCUUAAUAAUUUAUCAGACGAAGUUUUUGAUGACAUUAAGGCAAUUUGUUCUGAUACCGAUAUUUUAGAUCUUAAAAUUGUGAUUAAAAAGUUAACCUAUCUUUUACCAGCGCUAAAUUUAAAUACUUUAAUUAAUAAAUUUAAUCUUCUUCAACAAAACUCAUCAGAGAGUUUUAUGCUGUGGUACAUUAGAGUAUCAAAACUUCAUAAGAAAUGUAAUUUUUUGGACGAUAGUAGAUUAAAAGAGAAAUUACGGACAUCUACUUUAAACGAUAAAAUUAAAUACAAAUUCUCCAAAAAUUUUGACCUUACAUUGAAUCAGAUGGUGGAAUUAGGGGUGAAACUGGACUCUAGUAAUAUUAAAUACAAUUAUGGUAAUAAUAAUUCGCGAUACCACGAUAAUUAUAACAAUUAUAACUAUAACAAUUAUCGCUAUAAUAAUAAUAAUCAAUCGAAUUUUGGUAGAAAUAAUACAUGGUAUGAUUAUAAUCAAAGAAAACAAAUCCAAUACGGUGACGGAAAUCGUAACAAUUACCAAUCUUAUUACAACAACUCAGAUAAUUAUAGAGGUAAUGAUAAGUAUCAGAGAAAGCAAAUACAAUAUAACAACAACUCAAAUAAUUAUAGAGGUAAUGAUAAGUAUCAGAGAAAGCAAAUACAAUAUAAUAACAACUCAAAUAAUUAUAGAAGUGGCGACGAAAAUAAUAGAAAGCAAAUACAAUACAAUAAUGAUUACAACAUGAAUAUUGAAGAAAUUAUUGAAGAGAAAGUUGAUUCUACAAAGAACAAAGAACAAAGAUGA